UUCUGCGCAAGUUUUGCGCAGAGCGGAUGCGCACGAACACACAGCGGUCUUAUUAUCACAGAGGAGCCGAAAAAUAUUAUUGUGUUCAUCUGUGUCGAGCGAAUUCUAACGUUGCCCAUCAAUUUACGAUAAUAAACGAACAAUGAUCGAUCGUCCGGUGACUAGCAGAUGAGCCAAAUCUGAUCGUCGCUGAAAAAAGAGGCGAAAUUUCGGAUAUUUUGUCAGUAUGGCUAGUUGCGGCGAGGUUAAUCUUUCCAUGGACUCCCUGACUUCAGGCAAGAAGGUGAGUGGGGAGUCUGUGACAGAGGGAAGUCCGUCACCUUCGUCUCCUUCCCUGCCCGUUCCAGAGUGCGCUAUCUGCCUGCAGAGCUGCGUCCACCCUGUACGUCUUCCGUGCCGCCAUAUCUUCUGCUUCCUCUGUGUGAAAGGAGCUUCCUGGCACAGCAAACGCUGCGCUCUUUGUAGACAGGAAGUGCCGGAGGACUUCCUGGAGCGUCCCACUUUGCUCUCACCCGAAGAGCUGAAGGCUUCGGCGACGGGCGGACGCGGUGCGGGGACCGGUGGUCACGCGUGGUACUACGAGGGCCGUAAUGGAUGGUGGCAGUAUGACGAGCGGACGAGCCGAGAGCUAGAGGAUGCUUUCAACAAGGGCAAAAAGAGCGCAGAGAUGCUGAUCGCCGGCUUCCUGUACGUUGCCGACCUGGAGAACAUGGUGCAGUACAGGAGGAACGAACACGGCCGUAGGCGGAGGAUGAAGAGGGAUGUGGUGGACAUCCCUAAAAAAGGUGUGGCUGGACUAAGGCUUGAUCCAGAUCCCAAUCCAACAGUGGGGUCGGGAACAGGAACGGUUCCCAUUGCAACGCCCGCAGUUGCGGAUUUAAACGGAAGUGUGGACGGAGCCACAGCGGAACGAGAGAGCUCGGCGGAUGGAGCGGACACUGGGGUCAGCGGAGGACGUCCUCAAGGCGUCUUUGCUCCCGCUCCCGUAAGGCCACCGACUGUCUUAGGCGGUCACCUGACCAGCCCUGCUUCCUCCAGCGACAUUCAGCUUGUGCAGGCUCUCGGCCAACUCGAUAUCGCCGAGCCAGAACAGGAAGAAGACGUGGAAAAUGAAGACGAUUCGGGCCCGGACGCCGCCUCGGGGUAUGAAUCCGAGUCUGGCGACAGCGAGUAUGAAGAUGAGCAGGAUGGGGAAAGUGAAGAUGAGCACACGGAAGCAUCCCAGGGUAGGCAUAGACUGCAGCAAUUGGACAGACCGCCCCCUGGUGGUGGGCCUGCGAGUAGCGGAGAUCGGUCCGGGUGCCCCGACGGUCAGUGCACCGUUACAAAGGUCUGACCUCAGCACAACUACAGAACUCCUACCCAACUACCACAGACAGCCGCUGGGUGUUUCUAACCAAUCUCUGAAAUGCAAAAAAUGAAUGAACCAUUCAAAUCGCAGAGACUCGGAUAAGGGUGGAGGCUGGGGGCGGAUGGGUUUGGUGUAAGAAUAGUGCUUGUCUUUCUCUUUCAGUCUUAGAGGACUGUACCAGGGCUGUACUUUUUAAUGGAAAUUACAGGCAAAACUACAAUAAAACUUGCUUUUACCAUACCUAGAAUUCUUGUGAAUUGGUCCAACCAUUACAUUUUCUUUUUCAUUCAUUUAAGAAUAUUCACAAUAAAACUGUAUGAUGGAAAAACACUUUUCACCCCGAAAUUAAAAGAAAAGAUUACAGGAAUAUAUUUUGCACUAGCCUAUUUUCAGCUUUUUUGUGAUCAUUACGAUUUUUGCAUUUUUGGAACAGUUUUUAUAAGCACAUUUCACUCUAAAUUCUCAUUACUAUAUAAAUACACUAUAUAAGUACACACACAUAUAUACAAAUACAUUAUAUAUAUAUAUAUAUAUAUAUAUAUAUAUAUAUAUAUAUAUAUAUAUAUAUAUAUAUAUAUAUUUGCAUUACAUUAAUGAGUACUGCAGAAGAAAAUGUGCUUAAUUGUGCAUAAUUUCACAGUGCAAAGAAAUGUUAAUGAUCCUAAACAGCCUUCAUUUCAUCUUUAUGUAUUAAAAAAAAUACAAAAAAAAAAAUAUUCUUUUGAUUUUUGGGGUGAAAUAUGACCUGAACAUGUUUUGUGAGAUUCACCCUUUAUCCAGUCUUGAGAUUUCAUUACAUCUAGCAUGGAUCAACACCAUUAUCCAGUGGUUAUUCCAUUAAAAAAAAAAAAAAUGCCAUAUCAGUUUUUACCCUUAGGAUUCUGCCAUGGCAUCAGAAAAUAACUGGAAAUACUUGCACUGCUUUAGUAAAUAAAAACGAAAUCACAUAUUUUGUUUGGAAACCUGUACAGGUUGGAUCUUUGCUGUUUUGAAUAUGACAAUUAUGCUGUAGAUCAAAUUAUUUAUUUUGCUAUCAGCAUUUAAGAACUUUUUCUUUUGCACCACCUGGUACAGAGCCUUCUAAAUCUGCAACAAGUGUUAAGAAUGUUUUGGCAUUUUGGCGUGAAAUGACAAGCGUUAGAUGCAAUACCAGCAUAAUUUCAAACGAGAAAAGAAUUUAUUGUAGUUUUGCCAAGGAUUCCUCUUUAUGCUCUAGUCAUUAGAAAAGCUUCAGUCAUCUGACAUUUACUACUACUAGUGUUUCAUAAUGUGAGAUUUAAAAUCUUUAACUGCGUGUGUGUGCAUUUGCUUUUAUUUUAAGCAACUUGUCUUUAUUCUGUCUCAUCUUGUGUGCUUUAUCUGUUUCAUGGAUUUGCAUGUGUUGCUGUGAGCAAGGAUGGAGCCCUGGACUACGGCACUUUGAACUCUGGGAAAGGCGACUUUUAUCAGAUGUGCAUUGUAGUUGUAAAGUAGUCCCCAGACUGCAGCACACCGAGCGAGCGAGUGGUUUUCGAGCAUAGGUGUCCGAUUUGAAGUGUUUGGAAAUUUUAAUCUGUUAUUUUCAACCCUGCUAAUUCUCAUCUCCAUUUGUUCAGGUUCUUUGUUGUCAGCGAAACAAAAUGAAAACUAAAAUCAAGAAUAACUUCUUUUUGAUGUAUUUCUGUUUUAAAUGUGUUGUUUUGUUACCAGAUUUAUCUGAGAAAUAAAGUGUUGUCUGUCCUGAAA